AUGGUGCCAGCAAGUUUGUUGCUGCUAGGAUUGUGCAUCACAAAUCUAAGUGGAACGCUAUUUUCAACUAAUGGAUCCUUUCCAAUCGUGCAUUUACCUAAACUAGGCCAAUUGCGUGGUUCCUUUGCAACAAGUGCCUUUUCCAACCGAACAAUUUAUCAAUUUUUGUCCAUCAAAUAUGCUGAAAGUCCGUCUGGCCAAUUUCGUUUCAAGGCACCUCAGAAAGCUCAACCAUGGAUUGACGAGAGAGAUGUUUCACGGUACGGAUUGCCUUGUCCACAGUUGAAGUUGAGCUCGCUGUUCUCGUCUAACUCGAGUGAUUCUGAUCCUGAAGACUGCCUAACACUAUCAGUUUACAGUAAUGAGCUUUCGAAGCCGAAACCGGUAAUGUUUUUCAUUCACGGAGGUGCCUUUUUCGAGGGUUCAGGAGCCCAUUACACUCCGGAGUACCUGUUGGAGAAAGACAUCGUCCUGGUGGUGGUCCAGUAUCGGUUGGGCCCAUUGGGAUUCCUUUCUCUCCAAACUGGAGACAUUCCGGGUAAUGUCGGUUUGCUCGAUAUUAAGCUAGCUUUGGAAUGGGUCCAGGACAAUAUCGGUGCCUUCGGAGGAGAUCCAGAGCAGGUGACCAUCUUCGGACAAUCAGCUGGAGCAGCUGCCGUGUCUGCUUUGAUAUUAAGCCCCCUGGUUCCGGAAGGACUCUUCAGCAAAGCUAUCCUCCAAUCCGGUGCGUCGAGCUCCGCCAAGUUUUGGGAUAAUGAUCCUGUAGGUCAUGUCUUGGAAAUGGCAAAGAUUGCCGGAUGCGAUUUGCAGUUAGAAAAAUCAGAAAGGAGAUCAAUAACUCAACAAGCGGAUGAUUGCCUUCGCCAUAUGGACGUUUGGCAUCUUUUGCGCGCUUUCAAUGAACAUCGGUUGAUAACACUCCGGGAAAAAGGUAUGGCCGAAGGUGGUGGAGAUCGCUUGGUGGUUGAAGAUUUCCAUGGAUUUCUACCAGAAAAAUCAUUGGAUUUGAUCAAGUCGGGAAAGCUUCUCCGAAACCUGACACUCAUGGCAGGUGUAACUAAAAACGAUGGAACUUAUUUGCUGAGAACCGUUUAUGAUUUGAUGAAGGCGAAAGGAUUGCUAGAUGAUCGACAGUUUGUAAAGCAUAAACUACUGGAUGCUGUGAAUGGGAUGCUGGGAAUCGAUGAUUCAACAGGAAGUGUGACUGGAUAUGAGAUUCUUUCUCUGUUUGACCCUCAAGAACUUGCUAGUGGCAACUUCGAAAAUCUGACUGAUGGUUUGACUGAUCUUAUAGGAACUGUGUUCAUAAAGGCGCCACUCCUACGAGAGGUGCAGGCCAAUAGUAGAAUAAACCCGGGAAGAACGUUCUUGUAUUCCUUUGAUUACCGAGGGGAAAAGACUCGUUUCGGAUAUGGAGCCGACACCUCGCACUAUCCUUUCAAGGGUGGAAUUCAUCAUUCCGACGAUCUGCUAUAUCUGUUUCCACACCCACCUGGAGAACCAAAAUCAAACGAUAAGGAUAGACAAAUGGUUCGACUGAUGGUGGACUUGUGGACGAGCUUCGCGAGAACUGGUGUACCGUACACUGAAAAGUCUAAUUGUGUCGAAUGGUCAGCGGUAACAGAUUUCGCCGGACCCUACCUUCACAUCGACGAACAACCACAUAUAGGAAGCAAUUUUUACCAAGAAGUUUCUGUGGCCAGCAAUGAAAAACGUCGCACCGGUCGAACCUCGUUAUGAAUGAACGUUAUGGGGUAGGUAUGUAACCUGUAUUUAUCCCGAAAACGAAGCACAUUGUGCGAACAACAACAACGUAGAAUAUUGAACCCAUAAAGCCAGCAAAUAAAACUUAAAUCCUAA